AUUCCCCUCAUACUCCCACUAUAUAAGAGCAGCUGCCUCCUCAGAGGUUUUUAGGAGAUCUCAGAAGAGGGUAGGAACCAGGAUCCAAGUGUCCUCACUGGACCAGGAAUCGGCCUAAAGAUGCUUUCCCUUUGGAGACUCACCCUACUGUGUGGCCUGUUCAUCGGCCCCUCCUGCUGCCAGUUGGACUCCCUAAGUCCUCUUCUGGGUGAUUUGAAAUCUGUUCUGAAUAAGGAAACCCAGUUGGUUACAGACAAGCUUCCAGUGAUUGAUCAGGAACUUACAGAUGAAUUGGAAAAACUGAAGCUCUCUCCCAUUGGAAAAAUUCUGGAGCCAUUCUUAGAAAAUGUUGGGAAUUCGAUUGGCACUACUGUGAAUACUGUGGUCUCCAAGCUUGAAAAAAUCCUCGGGUUAAAGGUUCAGGACCUCACAUUGCUGAAGACCACAGUUGAACUGGGUUCUGAUGGCAAAAGUAUCAACCUCAAAAUACCUGUCAGUGCGACAGUUGCCUUGAAAAUAAAUCCUUUUUUAUCCGAUAUCAAACUGAAGGUUGGUCUGGAUAUCCUUGUACACUUUAGCCUUGGGACUGAUGCCAAGACUGGCAUCUCUGUUGUACUCUUUGGAGAAUGUUCCAGUGACUCAGCCACUGUCUCUUUAUCUCUUUUGGAUGGCUUCUCAGGUCUUCAGAAAUUUCUCCUGAGGGGCCUGGAUGAUCUCCUAGAGAAGUUAGUUCCUGUUACAUUGGAGAAACAAAUCUGUCCUCUCAUCAAAAGUCGGGUACAACUCCUGGAUGUCAGCGUGGUUCAGAACCUGAUAAACCAACUUCCAACUGCUACCAGUGUGGAUGUUCCUUUGAAUUCACUCUUAUGAAUACUCUAUUCUGUCCCACCUAACAAGUUCAUGUUCUAUUGUUUUUGAUGAAUUCCCUUAUAACCUAGUCCAUGGAUGAGAUGUCUUUGAGGUCACUCAGUUUAAGCUAAGGCUUGGAUUUACUAAUUAAUGGGUGUCUUGCUGGUUAUCCUCAGGGUCUAACUAUCUCUUAUUCUGUUUCUUCAACUGGGAUCCUCUUUGUGAAUGGUGGGUACUGUAUUUGUUUUAUUCGCUUGGCAAUAAAAAGAUUUGUUUUCAAUGUA